AUGAUUACUGGAAAAGAUAUCUAUGAUGUUCUUGCAGCAAUAGUACCAUUAUAUGUGGCUAUGAUCUUGGCUUAUGGCUCAGUUAAAUGGUGGAAAAUUUUUACACCCGAUCAAUGCUCAGGGAUCAAUCGAUUUGUGGCAGUUUUUGCUGUUCCGUUACUGGGUUUUCAUUUCAUCUCCACAAAUGAUAUUUAUGCUAUGAAUUAUCACUUCAUUGCAGCAGAUUCACUGCAAAAAGUUGUGAUUCUUGCAGCCCUUCUUCUGUGGCAUUGUUUCAGCAAAAAUGGGAGCUUAGAGUGGAUGAUCACUCUAUUUACUCUGUCUACUCUCCCCAAUACACUUGUAAUGGGAAUCCCUCUGUUGAGGGCCAUGUAUGGAGAUUUCUCAGGCAAGUUAAUGGUUCAAAUUGUUGUUAUGCAGUGUGAUUUGGUAUACACUUAUGCUGUUCAUGUUUGA